AUGUCCUCUACCCGCAAUAUUUCCAGCUACGUGUCUCCAAAGCCCCUUCCUCUCCUCCCCUAUCCGCCGAUCAUCCCCGUUACAGGGCUGGCCCUCGUUUCGUUAAGAGACGGGCUCACGUUCCUGUACCCUAGCCGCAGCCCGAAGGCAUUCUGGACCAGCCGCUCGGAUUGCUCCCUUCUCUUUGGGGCCGGCUGCGACUCCCUCGGGAACGUCGUGUCUCUGUCUCUGUACGAUGCGAUUGGGACGAUCCCGACUGCACUGGGUGACUUGACAGCCCUACGAUCGCUAACUGCCAACGGAGACAUCCCCAGCCUUCCGGCUUCCAUGACACAGCUCACCUCGCUAACACUCCUGUCGUUCAGCAAGGCCGGUCUCACAGGGCCCUUCCCCUCCGUCAUCUCUGCACUCAAGAGCCUUAAAGACCUGAAACUUCCUAGCAACUCCCUGUCCGGCCCCGUUCCUCCCUUCCUCUCCACGCUCACAUCCCUCACCACCCUGCGGCUGGACUCGAACCAGUUCACAGGCUCCAUCCCCUCCGGCUUGUCAAAGCUAACAGCUCUUACCGUCCUAUCCGUCCCCAAAAACCUUCUAACAGGGUCACUGCCUGCCACUCUCUCUGCCCUCCGCCGACUUGUUUCCAUCGACAUCCGUCAAAACAAACUCUCGGGCUCGAUCCCUUCUCAGUACAGCACCCUCACUGUGUUGGAGGCCAUGCAACUCAGCAACAACUCUCUCUCUGGUUCGCUGCCUUCUGCUCUCAGCACGCUCACCAAUCUGCGCAACCUACUCGUUGACAACAACACUAUCUCUGGGACAAUACCAGCGUCGUUCUCAGCUCUCCUGUCUCUCGUCUACGUUCGCGCCAACAACAACAAGCUAUCUGGAUCGCUCCCUUCAUCUCUCAGUACCCUCACCACACUCGAUUCCCUGAUUCUCUCCCGCAACACUCUAUCCGGCUCCAUUCCCUCCGAUUACUCCGCCCUUGAGUUCCUUGCCAUCCUUCUGUUGAACAACAACUUCAUUAUUGGGACCAUCCCCUCCUCCCUCUCCACACUCUCCUACCUUUAUCAAGUAGACGUGUCAGAGAACCUGUUAUCGGGUACUCUUCCUUCAAUGUUCACCACAAACAUGACCGACCUUAGAUUCGUCAACGUGGCCUUCAACUCUCUGUCUGGCUCCCUGCCCAAGUCCCUCUCCAAUCUGCAGUCCCUCUACUCUCUCGACCUCAGCAGCAACUAUUUCAGUGGCCAAGUGCAAACCAUCUUCAGCGCCCUCACUUCACUUCAAUCCAUCAACAUCUCCUACAACUAUUUCACGGGGUAUUUACCCAAGAUCGGGUUUCUAGGCGAGCUAAAAUCCACCGACCUCUCCAACAACUUCUUUUUCGGGUCAGCCAACGACGGCACCGACAGCAUUGGGUUACCCCUCUGCCCGGACCCUCCCACCUCCACCUACACAAUCGCCCAAAACUGCCUCUUGAACCUCGCAAACACCUGCACAGCCAUAUCCGGGCUGACAGUGAGUUUUGUGGAGCCGCAGAAGACGGAGGACGAGUGCUUUGUGUUCUGUGGGACGAGCCUCGCGAUGCCGAUUUUUCCGAACCAGCAGUGCGGGUACGAGAAGGGCAUGUGUGUGGCGAAUCUGAGCGGCAGCGGGGUGUUGUUCUACCAGUGCCAGUGCACGGCGCCGUUCGUCCGUUCUGCAGACGCCAAGUCCUUGCCAGUGCACGGCACCCCUGAGCGGCAACGGAGUGCUCUUCUACCAGUGCCAGUGCACGGCGACCCCGAUACAGCCCGACAGCCACAGUGGCCCCAGCAGCGCGGGUACGAGAAGGGCAUGUGUGUGGCGAGUCUGAGCGGCGACGGAGUGCUCUUCUACCAGUGCCAGUGCACGGCGCCCCAGCCCACCACCGCCACCGCCAUUUCCGCCAGGGCCCCUCCCACCCUCCCCUCCCCCCUCCCCACCUCCAAAAUCGCCUCCUCCUUCCCCACCGUCACCUCCGAGCCCCCCUCCUAG